AAAAAAAACACAUUUUAGUUUGCCUGCUCUUUGUGUAGUGAGUGUGUACAUGUGGAGAACAGUGUGUGUAUGCAGUGGGUGGAAAGGGGAAGAAGGCGGAGUUGUGUUUUGUACUUUAAUGGGUUGUGGAGAAACCUGCCUGUCUGCUCAGCGCUGGGAGAGGAGGAGCCUGUGGGGUGUGGGACUCCAGACAAAGGAGAUACUCUCUGACACUGGAUCACUGGAGCAAAAGAAGAUGCACAGGAGACAAUCCUCAACUCCUGGACCACUUUCUUUUUGUGUUUUGGAAAACUUUGUGUUUUUUUUGUGUUCGUCAGCUGUAUGGAUUCAUUUGUGAUUUGAGAGAUGUUUGUGCCGGAGCAGUGGUUCCCAUAUGCUGUCUGUGGCGUGUAGAAGUGUGCGGGUUAGUAUGUUUGGGAUGGAAAAGUGGGGCGACCAUCACCUCUGCUCUUAGCUUCACGCCAUGGGGGGCUGUCAUAGUUACCCCUCGGCUACGAAGGCAGACAGUGAGACUUUUCAGCCUUCUGAUAUCAGCGGUGAGAAACUGGGAAUUAAUAACAAUAAUCUGGAGGAGCGUCCGUAUCUGCAGCAGCAGUUCGUGUGCCAGCAGAUCCCACACACAGACAUGUUUGCCCUCACGGCACUGCCGCCUGGCGUCGACAAGGCAGAGUGGCUUGCCAGCAACACUGUGGCAUUUUUCAAGCAUAUAAACCUGUUCUCCAGUGCACUGUCUGAGUUCUGCACUCCCAGCACCUGCCCAACUGCCUGUGGACCAGACAACACGGUUUAUGUUUGGACCGAUGACCACGGCAGGAAGCUGAAGUGCUCUGCUCCACUUUACUUUGACUAUGCCAUGUCAUACAUUCAGGAGCUACUGACUGAUGAGGAUGUGUUCCCCACAAAAGCAGGUUCAGUAUUUCCAACGGGCUUCGUCUUUCUGGUCCAGAAGGUGUUUUUGCUGUUUUUCAGGACUCUGGCUCACAUUUACUGGUCUCAUUACAGACAGACACUGGCGCUGGGCCUGCACCCACACCUCAACACACUCUUCGCACACCUCAUACUUUUCUGCCAGCAGCAUGCCCUGUUGGAGCCGGAGGACACUGAGCCAUUGCGGGACCUCAUCACAGCUCUGGGACAGCAAGGCUAAACCUAAAGAGCAAACACACAUAUUGUACUCUCACAUUUUCAUCACACACUUACGUACUUGUUAUAUCUUGUUACAAAGCUAUAUAGUGUCUCUCAACAAUCUGGGCCAAACUCAAACUUACUUCACAGUAUGGAUUUUCUUUUGCAAGUCUGUAAGUUUAAAAUAGGCAAUAAAAUACUGUUAAUGAACAGUAUUUGGGAGAA